GUGACAGCGACAAGAAGCUUCAGGAAAACUCCAGGCGUCUGGUCUCCGGCUCUCCCCUCCCCUCCUCUAAAGUCUAAACUAUAAAUGCCAAGCUUCCUCCCCUGUUUUGUCAUCGCAGAAUAUUCAUCCCGACUCAGCACAACUCAGUUAUCUUGAAAACCUAUUCGUCGUCAAAUCUCCCAUUAUCUCGGAAAAAACAAAAAAAGAAUGUCGCUCAUACCAAGCAUCUUCGGCGGCCGACGAAGCAACGUUUUCGACCCAUUCUCUCUUGACAUUUGGGAUUCCUUUCCUUUCUCAGACGCCAGUCUGGCCAACGUCCCAAAUACGGCAAGGGAGACAUCAGCAUUUGCAAGCGCCCGCAUUGAUUGGAAAGAGACCCCAGAAGCCCAUGUCUUCAAAGCCGAUCUUCCAGGGCUGAAGAAAGAGGAAGUGAAGGUGGAAGUUGAAGACGGGCGGGUGUUGCAGAUUAGCGGAGAGAGGAGCCGCGAGCAAGAGGAGAAGAACGACAAGUGGCAUAGGAUAGAGAGGAGCAGCGGCAAGUUCCUGCGCAGGUUCAGGCUGCCAGAGAAUGCCAAGUUGGAUCAGGUGAAGGCUGGUAUGGAGAAUGGCGUGCUCACCAUCACUGUACCGAAAGAGCAAGUGAAGAAGCCUGGGGUUAAGGCCAUUGAGAUCUCCGGUUAAAUAAUGUCGGGUUCUGAGCCUUGUGGAGGACAGGGUAAUUUUGUGUGAAAUGUUUCUUUAAUGUUGGAAAACAUCUGGACAGUGAAAAAGACAAAGAUUAAAAAGUGUAAAUUGGUUGAGGUGCUUGUAUGAACAUCUAUCUGUUUUGCUGCUGUCGUGAUUAUAAUUUGUGUCUGAGAAGUGAACAGACUUUUGUUUUGUUCUGCAAU